CCUGUAGACACUAUGAAGAUUUGAUCCAGGUAUCCGCCUCCAGAUCUGUUUGCCUUUAACCACUCCUCCUCUGUGGCGAUGUCUCUCGAACCAGAUGUGAAACUUGAGCAGCCCCACGACGGUGCCUCCCAGUCCCAGAGUGGGGGCUCAGGCUCCCAGACCCAGGGUGGCCUUGGGCUGCCACUGGGCCUCUCCAUGCAGACCCCUGGCUCCUCCUCACAGUCACAUGGCACCUCCAGCUCCUCCAACAGCACAGUGCCCACGCCCAGCCAGUCAUCUCAGUCCAGCUCGGGGACACUGAGCUCUGUAGACACCAUAUCUACUCAGGAACUCGCCAGUAUUCCCGAGGACCAGGAAGCUGACGAGCCCAUCCCUGUGUCUUGGGCUCGAUUAUGGGCCCUUCAGGAUGGAUUCUCUAAUCUGGAGUGUGUGAACGACAGCUACUGGUUUGGGAGGGACAGAAACUGUGAAUACUGCUUUGAUGGGCCGCUGCUAAAAAGAACAGAUAUUUACCGAACUUACAGCAAAAAGCACUUUCGGAUUUUCAGGGAAAUGGGGCCUAAAAACUCUUACAUCACAUACAUAGAAGAUCACAGUGGAAAUGGAACCUUUGUAAAUAAAGAGCUUGUAGGAAAAGGAAAACGCCUUCCUUUGAAUAACAAUUCUGAAAUUGCACUUUCAUUGUGGAGUAAUAAAGUUUUUGUAUUUGUUGAUCUGACUGUAGAUGACCAGUCAGUGUAUCCUCAGGAAUUAAGAAAUGAGUACAUCGUGUCAAAAACUCUUGGAAGUGGUGCCUGUGGAGAGGUGAAACUUGCUUUUGAGAAGAAAACGUGUAAGAAAGUCGCCAUAAAAAUCAUUAGCAAAAGGAAGUUUGAUAUUUGCUCAGAGGGAGAGGUGGAACCGGCUCUCAACGUUGAAACAGAAAUUGAAAUUUUGAAAAAACUAAAUCAUCCUUGUAUCAUCAAGAUUAAAGACUUCCUUGAUGCUGAAGAUUAUUACAUUGUUUUGGAAUUGAUGGAAGGAGGAGAAUUGUUUGACAAGGUGAAGAGAAAUAAACGCCUGAAAGAAGCCACGUGCAAACUCUAUUUCUACCAGAUGCUGCUGGCUGUGAAGUACCUUCAUGAAAAUGGCAUUAUACAUCGGGACCUAAAGCCAGAGAAUGUUCUGCUAUCAUCUCACAAAGAGGACUGCCUUAUAAAGAUUACUGAUUUUGGACAAUCCAAGAUUCUAGGGGAGACCUCUCUCAUGAGAACCUUAUGUGGGACCCCUACGUACUUAGCUCCUGAGGUUCUCGCUUCCCUGGGGACUACCGGAUAUAACCGAGCUGUGGACUGCUGGAGUUUAGGAGUCAUACUUUUCAUUUGCCUUAGUGGGUACCCACCCUUCUCUGAGUAUAAGACUCAAGUGUCUCUGAAGGAUCAGAUCACCAGUGGAAAAUACAACUUCAUUCCAGAAGUCUGGGCAGAGGUCUCAGAGAAGGCUCUAGACCUUGUCAAGUAG